UUGCAUGGCUCAAAAUUAAAUUGCAAUUCCAAAUUGACAGUGUACGGGUCUAUAAAUACGAGCACCCAGACUACGAUUAAUUUCCAGUAAGCUUAGCACGAAGCUUCCAUGGCCACAGAUUCUUGAGCUGCCGAUCGCUGUGCGUAGCGCACGCUUGACGCUGACGCUGACGCCGACAAUGGCGAAGGCCCAGCUCGUCGCCCGGUUCUCCGUCGAGGUCGCGCCGCCGCUGCUGUCGUCGAUCAUCAGGCCCCGCCGCCGCCGCGGGUUCCCGGCGAUGCUGGACACGAUAGCGGAGGAGGAGCCCGACGCGCCGCCGCUGCCGGCCAUAGUCAUGGCGCGCGAGCUGUCGGCGAGCUACGCGCUGCUCCGUGGCGUCGCCGCGGCCGCCGCCGCCGUGGCGCCAGCGCCGCCUCCUCCUCCUCGCAAUGUGAUGGUCGGCAGCAGCUGCAGCUCGUUGGUCCUGGUGCGCCGCGCCGAGGCCAAGGAGAAGCGGUGCGUCGUCGUCGUCGUCGGGAGCUCCGCCGCCUCCGCCGCCAUCGUCCACGGCGAGAAGCGGCUCCACCUCGCCGCCGCUCCGGCGUCCGAAGCAGCAGCGUGCUCCGAGAUCGGCGCGUAAAUAUAUUCGAUCCGCAUAUAUAUACAGUGAUGCUCUCGUUGUGGUUUUAAACGAAGAACGAAACGUGUCAUACUACUACGUCCUUUCCCAUAUAUAAUUUUGAGCUAACCAACGUAAAAAAAAAAAAGAAAGAAAGAAAGAAAAGGAAGUAGUAGCUAAUGCCUCCCUGCUCAUGGCAGCUAUGUACUUGCUAGCUAAUAAAAUGGUAAUCGUUUUAUAUUAUGUAUCUAUAUGUUAGAUAUAUCGAUGACUUUUACUAUGAUC